AUGCCACCCAAGCGCAAGUCUGAACGCGCUGUGAGUGCAAAUGAGUCGGUUGAAAUGCCUUCCAAAAGGCUACGAAACACUGUAGAUGCACCCCCAGCUUCUGCAGAAUCGGCUUCGGUGGUUGAAGCUACACCUCAGACUAUCGAAAAGAGAGGCCGUGGUCGCCCGCGCAAAUACCCUGAGAGCUCGACUCCCAAGCCUGACCCUGACGCUCCUAAGCGUGGUCGUGGUCGCCCACGGAAGAUUGUUUCUGAGCAAGAAUCCGAGGCUGUCGUUCCAGCGGGUCCCAAGAGAGGCCGUGGACGUCCCCGUAAGGACUCAGGCGAUGCGACACCCGUCACACCAAAGAUCAAGAAGAAGGACGGCCGUGGACGUCCCCGCAAGGACUCAGGCGAUGCGACAUCCGCCACACCGACGAUUAAGAAGAAGGAUGGUCGUGGAAGACCCCGCAAGAACCCUUUGCCAAAUGGAGAAGCUGAAACCGAGUCGAAGGUCAAGCCUGUGGUCGAUGUCAUCCCUGAAACUGGCCGCUCUUUCUGGUUGAUGAAGGCGGAGCCUGAAUCUCGCCUCGAGAAGGGCAAGGACGUGAAAUUCUCUAUUGAUGACCUGGCUACUGCAGAUACCCCGGAGCCUUGGGAUGGUGUGCGCAACCAUGUCGCCAAAAACUUGAUGCGCAACAUGAAAAAGGGAGACUAUGCAUUCUUCUAUCACUCAAACUGUAAAGUCCCUGGAAUUGUGGGCGUGAUGGAGAUUGUAAAGGAGCAUUCUACGGAUGGUUUGUCGCUUGAGACUACACUGCUUGAUCAGUUUGCUUAUCUCAGACGUUUGACAGAGUCCGCUUUCGAUUCCAACCACCCAUACUACGACCCGAAGUCCAAGCGAGACGAUCCAAAGUGGGUUGUCGUUCACGUUGAAUAUCGCCGCAAACUUGAGAAGCAAGUCACACUCCAGGACCUGAAAUCCCAUGGCCAGACCGGAAAGCCACUCGAGAACCUUCAAAUGAUUAAGCAAUCCCGACUUAGCGUGUCUUCUGUGACUCCGGCACAAUGGAAAUACAUACUGGAGUUGGCAGGCGAGGAACCGCAAGAGGAGUUCACGAAGAAGGAAUCCAGUGCUGAGGAGGAACAGGCCUGA